AUGUCAGCAACACUUCAAUCGUCAGCAAUGAUCUUCUCAGUUCAUGCAAUCAUCGAGUUGCUCUGGGGCUGGGACGGCAAAAGUGAGCAUUGGCGCCAAAGCCAAAUCGCAGCUGGCGAACCCAAGCAAUGGAUCUACGCCAAGGAUCCACUGAUUAGCGCUCCGCCGCUAUCAAAUAGUGUGCACAUUCGCCAUUUUGGUUGCAAUGUAGUGACUGAAGACACCGCGGAGCUGUCUCUCUUCUUUGGGACCAUGGCCGGCUCGUCGCCAGGGUCACAAUCACAGGGUGACCGCAACCAAACGGAGCAAGCAUUGACGAAGGAGAAACAUGAAAUCCCCGUCCUGGGAAGUUGGAGCCUGCCUCCUAGGGAGUUUUGCGACAGUGUGGACUGUUUCGUUCCAUUGCAACCGAGGCCCACAUCGGCAGCAACUGCGAAACCCGCUUCUUCUUGCCCUCCAUGCCCGUCCGGCAAGACUUGCAACAGGAAAGCAACGUUUCUAACCAAGGAGGUUUGGAGGAAAGGGGAAAAUGGAUCGUCGAUGCCAGCCCCGACUCACUCAGAAUCGUCCCAUCGAGCUGAUGGUGAGGCUAUUCGCACUAGUACCGCCGAAACGUCAACACUCCCAGCAGCACCCACUGCCUGGCCACCUAUCAGUAGUAUCGCCCAGCAAAGGGCAGCGUGGGCGCUCUUCCGGCCUGCCAUCACUGCAGCCUGCCACACUUCCGGCCUAGUCCCUGUAGGGCGCGCCGAAGAGUCUGGACCACAGGGCCUUGACCAUGCCAACGCGGAGGGGCGCAUGGCACGGGAAGGGGCCCAGAAGAUUGGAAUCGCCGACGAGCACACGACCACUAAACCACCAAAGCGAUGCAGGAUCAUGUCGCCAUUAACCGGCUAUGGGGUGAAGGGAAUAUCCAUUCAGCCCUCAGGAACGCAGCAUGAGGGUCGAUUCCAGUGGGACAGCCAAUCAGCCAAGGGAUAA